UCGGGCCGAGGAGAAGUACCAGGUCGACCAAACCCACCAGCAGGUAUCAGUCCUCCAACAUGUUCAACAGCAUCAGCUCCAGCGCGUCUAAAGGACGGAUCCUGAAGGGGAUGGACGACAUAAAGGACAAGAGGUUGCUAAGCAACGACAAGGAAGGAAAGAUCUUCGCUAAAUCGCAGAGGAGCAGAACUCCGGUGGCGCCGCGGAACGAGCUCAGCGACAGCGAGGAUCCAAACGGUGGAGCCGUCGACGAGGAGGACGGCAGGCAGGAAGUGGCAGGAAGCAGGCAGGAAGUGGCCGCAGAUGACGACAGCAGCUGCAGCACCAACCAGAACUUUGACGCCAAACUGAGCCGAGCCUCGUCGCUGUACCAGGGACCCGGCAACGAGUUCCCGAGAGGAACGUUCAGGAUCAGCGCCUCCGGACUGAACACCACCCGCAGAGCAGCGUUCAGGCCCAGUAAGAGUAUGUUGUCCAUCCAGUCGGACGAGGACAACGACUCCGACGAUGACGCGCCGAACGUUGAAAAAGUCUCCGGAAGCGGCCUGCGUCCGGAGAACCCUCUGGGGACUCGCAGAGACAAGAUGAACGCCGGAGCAGGUCUGGCAGAUACUGAUCCCAUGGCCAUCGACCAAUCGGUGAGUUCAGACCAGGGGGGGCGGAGCCAGACAUCGUGCAGUGUCGGUUUUCGGGGUUUGAACGCCAAAGACGACGAACAGAAUCCGUCCGAGGAUGAAGAAGAGAAACCAGCGAGAGCCGCCGUCAGGUGCGUGCGUGUGUGUGCGUGCGUGUGUGUGCGUGCGUGCGUGCGUGCGUGCGUGUGUGUGUGUGCGUGUGUGUGCGUGUGUGUGUGUGUGUGUGUGUGUGUGUGUGUGUCUCUCUUUCUCCAGGCGUAUCAGAUGCGUCCGUCCAUCAUCUUCUUUGACGAGAUCGACGGCCUGGCUCCGGUCCGGUCCAGCAGACAGGACCAGAUACACAGCUCCAUCGUGUCGACGCUCCUGGCUCUGAUGGACGGGUUGGACAGCCGAGGCGAGGUCGUCGUCAUCGGAGCGACGAACCGCCUGGACUCCAUCGACCCGGCGCUGCGACGGCCCGGGCGCUUCGACAGGGAGUUCCUCUUCGGGCUGCCUGACCGAGAGUCCCGUAAAGAGAUCCUGAGAAUCCACACCAGGCGGUGGAAACCGCGUCCGUCGGAAGACUUCCUGGACGAGCUGGCCGAGAAAUGUGUCGGUUACUGCGGCGCCGACAUCAGGGCGGUGUGCACCGAGGCGGCGCUGUGCGCUCUGCGCCGCCGCUACCCUCAGAUCUACGCCACCUCCCAGAAGCUCCUCCUGGACGUCUCCUCCAUCACGGUCGGCAGCUGCGACUUCGUGGCGGCCAUGAGGAAGAUGUCGCCGGCGUCGCAGCGAUCCGCCGCCUCGCCCGCCGUGCCGCUCUCGCCCGUGGUGCAGCCGCUGCUGGGCGCCGCCGUGCGCCACGUCCUGGAGGCCCUGCAGAGGCUGUUCCCCCACGCCGAGCAGGGCAUGAAGAGGAAGAGGGACCCGGAUCUGACCUCUGGUAUCCUCGACGACGACCUGUACGGCGGAGACGACGCCUCCGGCACGUCCAGCAUCUCCACACCCUCCACCUCCAAGACCAGACACUUCCUGCACUUUGCCCGGAGUGCGGUCAAGCACCCGACGACCCACCGUCCCAGGAUGCUCCUGGCAGGUCGCCCCGCUGCCGGUCAGACCGCCCACCUGGCUCCGGCGGUUCUGCACGCUCUGGAGCGCUUCCCCGUCCACAGUCUGGACUCUGCUGUGCUGUUCGGAGUCAGCAGCACCUCGCCGGAGGAGGCCUGCGCCCAGGUGUUCUGCGAGGCCAAGCGGACGUCUCCCAGCAUCCUCUACAUGCCCCACAUCCAGCAGUGGUGGGACACUGCCGGGUCCUCGUUGAAGGCGUCCUUCCUGAGCCUGCUGGGCAGCAUCCCCUCGCUCGCCCCCAUCCUCCUCCUCGCCACCUGCAGCGUCCCCCAUCAGCAGCUGGACCCGGAGAUUCAGUUUCUGUUCCGGGUGGAGUACGGGGAGGUGUACACCAUCCGUGUUCCCACGCGGCUGGAGAGGACCGACUUCUUCCAGGACCUCAUCCUGAACCAGGCGGCCGAGCCUCCGCCCUCCACGAAGAGAGCACUGACUCAGGCCCUGGAGAUCCUUCCUCUGGCCCCCCUGCCCCCCCCCCGCCAGCUGCCAGAGCAGGACCGCCUCCAUCUGGAGGAGCAGGAGGAGGACGUGCUGCGGGAGCUCCGCCUCUUCCUGCGCAACGUCACUGAGCGUCUGAGUCUGGACCGCCGCUUCAGGGCCUUCACCAAACCAGUCGACAUCGAGGAGGUCCCGGACUACACGCUGGUGAUCAGGAAGCCGAUGGACUUCUCCACGCUGAUGACCAACAUCGACGAGCAGAAGUACGUCACCGUCGGCGAGUUCAUGUCGGACGCCGACCUCAUCUGGCAGAACGCCCUGGAGUACAACCCGGACAGCGACCCCAUGGACCGUCACAUCCGUCACCGUGCGUGCGCCCUGAAGGACACGGUGCGCGCCAUCAUCCGAGACGAGCUGGACGAAGACUUCGAGAGAGUCUGCGAGGAGGUCAAGGCGUCGCGCACCAGGAGAGCGUCUUUCUGCGAGGCGCGGGGCAGCUCGGACACAAACAGCCCUCCACGUAAGUCCUCCACCAACGAGCAGCUCGACAAGUUGAAUUUUUGCCCAAACGGCGGGAGACGUAACGGGGACAUUGACAGUCAACCUGGCCGACACCGAUGCCUAAGUAACCAGCUGAAGAAUGCCCCCCCCACCACCACCACCGUUCCUGCCUCAUAUCGCUCUCCGUGUGCUUCCUCCUCAGCAGAGCGCAGCAGCUGUGAGACGAGCGCCGCCGCCGCCGCCGCCGUGGAGCAGAUGCAGCUGUUUGACAGAGCCGCCGUAUCCGUGGCGACCGUGGACGGGGACGCGCCGCCAUCACCGGUUGUCGAUCACGCCAAACUGAGGGUGAGUCGACCCGGGGGGGGGGGGAUUUAUGCUUCUGCCUUAAAUCUAGAUGGAGGUACUGACCCCACGCCGUAG